AUGACCAAGUGGGACGUGCUAGGCCGGGGAAAGCAGCAGGGCGUCCAGGUCGGCGACCACUUCUACGACGAGCUGGCCAAGUGCAUGUUCAUGGUGGUGGUAGAGGACGACCAGGUUCAGGCAGUCACCGACUCCAUCCAGGCCGCAGCCUCCACCGGCUUCCCAGGCGACGGACGGGUUUUCGUGACCAACGUGGAAUCGGCCUUUACCCUGCGAACGGGCGAGUCCGGGCUGUGA